UGAUCACACUGAUGAAAUAAUGAGUGUUCAAUACCAAAAUAACUGUAAUAUAUUAGUACAUCACAGUGGAUACGUUAAUAAUAUAUAUAGCAAGGUUUGUUCCAGCGAUGAAAGUAAUGCUUUCAAAAUUAACCAGUGUUUGUUCGAUAUAAUUAUUGACAAAGAACAUAAAGAAGUACCUAAUAAAAAAAGAAAACUACAAAAACAAGAAUUAAAUGAAGAAUGUUUAAGAGUGAAAAAUAUGUACGAGCAAUUUUUAAAGGAGCUACCACCAAAACUGCAGCAAAGUUCUGCAAAAAGCAGUACAAGUGAGGUGCGAGACUUAGCACAAAAGCUAUUUGAAGCGACUGUGUUUGAACAUAACGGCGUAAAUGGUGGUAAUAACUCUGAUUCUGCACUUAUAUGUAGAAUUAAAGAAAACGAUUUCCUUGUACCUUCUAAUUGUAGAUUCUAUUGUGGAUGUGUGAAGGAGCAAUGUGAAAAACUGAAAGGCAGUAAGUUUGACAUAGUGGUGGCAGAUCCCCCUUGGUGGAACAAAUACAUAAGGAGGCUGAAGCAUGCUAAUGACAAGCUCAGUUACUCCAUGAUGUACAAUGAAGACAUUGCGUCCAUACCCGUGAGGAACCUGCUAUCUCCAAACUGCCUUGUUGCCAUGUGGUGCACAAAUGCUCCAAGCAAUAUUGCUGCUGUUAAAGAGUUGAUAUUCCCUCAAUGGGGUGUGGAGUAUUUGACUACUUGGUACUGGUUGAAGGUCACAACAAAUAUGGAACCGCUAUGCGACUUCAGCUCUGGAUGCAAGAAGCAACCUUAUGAGCGGAUUAUAUUGGGGAAAGUGGGAGAUGUGACGGUGCCUGAGGACCAGUUAAUCGUCAGCGUUCCGAGCGCUUUGCAUUCGCACAAACCUCCAUUAUUAGAACUUCUCUCGCCAUACGUGAAAACCAGCAAUCCUCAAACACUGGAACUAUUCGCGAGGUACCUCCUACCAAACACGACCAGCGUUGGCUUCGAGCCGCUAAAAUGGCAGCACAUAUCACUGUAUGAGAAAGUUAGUUGAUGAAUAAAAGAGAAAGGUAA